UAGUGUAAAUUGCACGCGCGAAUCGCGCAAUGUUCUUGCACGUGUCUAUAGCUUGUAAAGUUUUAUUAGUUACAAUUAGUUGAUAUUAACGUUUUGUGAAUUAAUUUUGUUGUGACUGAAGGAAAAUAAUUUUAUUAACAAUGGCAACGUCGUUAGCAGCACAACUUAAAAAAUUGCGAACACCGCAAACAAAUUUACUUCUACAGGAGAAAAAGCGUCCUAGCUUGCUAUUUGAUCCAAAGGAGGCUGCAAAUUUGGAUAGGGACACUGUGCUGAAUAUAGGUCAGAGUGGUCUGGAGGAAUUACAGAAGCUCUCGUCAGUAUUUGAUGAAUUUCAUGGCACGCUGUUUGCCCAGAGCUCUGUAAACUUCGAGAGAGCGAUCCAGAAUGUUAUGUUAAAUAAGCAAUUGGAUGCGGAGAUCGCGAAAUUUUUGUUAUUAGCGACUCCCUACUUCUUACUGAAUGCCUGCCACAAAGCUCUUGAGUGGCUUGUAUUCAGAUACCACAUUCAUCAGUACAAUCGAGAGCAGUUUAUUCUUCUGAUUCUGCCGUAUCACGAGACUCGCAUGUUUGUUAGAGCCCUGCAACUGAUAGACCUGUCAGACGAGAGCGAUAAGUGGCAUUGGUUGGCGCCAAUGCAGAAACGCGGUAUAAUUCUGUCUUCCGCAAUUCUUGUUGAACGUUUGAUCUCGGAUAAAGGAUUCUUGAAGACGCUAUGUACUCAUGUGGUAUUUGCCACGAAGACUUAUUCCGAUCAGGCAUCUUGUCUGACCACUUUGUAUGCGUUUUACACUACUGCAAUGUUAGGUGUAAUCGAACUAGUAUCCAUCACUGAGGUCCAGGUGAACUAUCUGCUGCCAACUCUUCUUCAUGGCUUGAAAAGCCCCAUUCUUGAUUUCGCUGCCAGCAGCUAUAUGAUCAUUGCGAAACUGAUAACGAAGGCGAAAUUGAAUGGUGACACCAUGGAGAAGUUGUUGUUGAUGACGUUCAAGAAUACGCAUCUGAAACAGGAGGCUACCAUUUUUCUGCUCCAUCUUUAUCAAUCUCCGAUUAAUCGUUUGACCGUUGUACCGCAAAGUUUGGUCCUACAAUUGUCCGAACUACCUUGGUUUGUUGAAACGGUUGCGACGAUUCAUUCGAGUAUUAACGCGUCACGCUUUACUGUGUCCUUUCUUCAAGCAGCUUGCCAGCUCGUCGCCGAGAAUCCUAAAGACACCAGCAGUGUGCAGAACACGAUCGGCAAUCUGUUGGAACACAUUAGACUCGAUAACGACGCGGUAGACGCCAUUCUGUCUGAUGUACUGACAUGCGAAUUCUUUAGGAAUGAAACUUCUAGGAGUGCGAAAGACUUCCUAGCUAGAUUCUAUCAGAGUUUCGAGCGCAGCUACCCGGAGAUUUUUGACAGGUAUCUAAAGAAGUUGAUGAAGCAGGGCGAGAGUAACGAAAACGCUAAACAGGCAUUACGUUUUCUCACCUCGUGGCCCUUUGGCACCAAAGACACGCAGGAGUCCGUUGAGAUCUUGGACAAACUGAUGCACAUCAGCGCUGCCCAACGAGUGAUUGCUCUCGAGGUCCUUGCCAAGAACAACGUGAACGUGUCCGAGAGCUUUCGCAGUAUAAUGGCGAGUACUCUUCAAGCCAGAUUCUACGAUGACGACGUGAAUGUCAUAAGGACUCUGCUGUCCUUUCCCACGAGGAAACUGAUUGGCUUAUUACCCACCGACACUCUGGUGGACGAGUUAUUGAUCCUGUUGUCGACGUGUCACACGGCAUCGAGGAAAGUGUUGGCCAAACCAGCUCUGAGAAUACUUUUGGAUCUUUGUGAAGAGAGCGACGACACGAACGUGUUCAUCACGGCUCUACCGUACUUAUUUCCAGCGACAAACGAGGACGUGGAGGUCGCUAUGGAAGUUCUCCGUUCGAAUUUCGCUAGAAAUAACUUGUAUAUGCGGCACGUGAUGGAGGACGUUGGCAGAUCUAAAGUGAACGCGGAAGCGGUGUCUUCCGCCGCUUUUCACAACAUCUUGAACUACGCGUUGCUACCGCCCACGGAGAAUAUAUUGAAUUCCAUGCGGCAACAGAUCUCGCACGGCGAUGCGGCGUCGCUGUUCUUCAAUCUGAUCCUACUGGGAUCGGUCUGCAGGGUGCCCGUGGGCGCGAUGCCGGCGAAAACUGCGCGAGACGUCAUCGAGAUGGCCACGGAGAUGAUAAAGACGUACUCGCGCGUUAAGCUGCUGCGCGACUGCAACAACAUUACCGGCAACAACAUUCAGAUGGCUGUGAAGCUCACGUCCGAGGGAAUCUUGCCGCUCCAGGUGGGCACGUACGUCCUUGAAAUGGUGCACAGGCGGCUGAACAUCAAGUCCGAGUCGAAACUCGACUUCGACAACAACGUGGAACGAAGCAAUCUGAUCUUGCGGCUCCUAGAGAUGUUCAUCGAGGGCAUGGACAAUCGCCAUUGGCGGAAGCACUACUCCAGAUGUCUGCAGAUCUUCUUCCAGCUGCAUUUUGCCACAGUGAAGGAUCUCAUCUGCUUUCUCGCGCAGUUCUACGCGGAACCCGUGAAGACGAAGACGUCCUACCACUGUCUGCAGAUUUCCCUGUUACUGCUGAAUCAGUGUAAAUCCGUCCAUUGGGCAUUCCAAGAUCAAGACUUCGUGAUCAAUCUGCUGCUUUCACUGGCAAGACGUAACAACGAGUGCAGAAGAGUGGCGGUGGACAUUUUGAAGAAGCUAACGCAGACCUUUAAUCUCAGCGCGGAACCGUUCUUCGCGCUGCUGCAGAAGCUGGCGACGAAGAGCGGAGAGAUUUGCAGCGAUCCCGACGAUCUUGCAUUCAACUUCUACUUCUUCCUCUCCCCGGAUCCGCAUGUGUCUCGUCAGAUAAAGGAGCACAAGAAAUUGCAGCAGGCUCAGAAAUUAUUAUUCGACGUGGUGACGCAGCAGAACGAAGUGUCGAAGAUCCCGCUGAAUCGAAGAUCGCAACUUCUCGACAUCCUGGUGAACGUUAACAGUACCGAAAUCCUUCGGCAGCUGGCCCCGAUGGGUCUUCAGCUUCUACAAAAGUUAGCGGAGGAUCCAAAGAAUCGGUCGGCCGGUAGUGCCUUGCGAAACAUAUUGGAUCGUUUUACCAUAAACACCAUUGAUGCCCUCAAGGACGAACGAGUGUGGUCGCUCUUCACGACGUGCACCCUGCAGCACGAACCCUGCGCGGUUUUGGAAAACGGCGAACGAAUCUCGCCGAGCGUUAUCGUGCUGAAACGGAUCGACGUGCUCUUCGACGCGAUGUCCCGUGAUCUCCAAGUGAGCAUCCUGUCGAAAAUGCUGGACGUGAUGAUCGAUUGCGAGAUCAGCAACGUGGUGUCCGUCGCUGGCAAGACGCUUCGUCGAUUGCACAUAGACGCGACGAUCCUGGUCUCCGAGUUGGAGGCCAUGAAACUGAGCGGCCAGAUUCGGGAGGAGCCGGGCGUGGAGACGACGUCGAGGAAGCGGAAGAUGCGGCAGAGCCAAAUCCGACUGUCGCACCCGGCGAUGGUUCACAGUCGGCCGUGGAAGCGCGGUGUCGUUCUGCUCGAGUUCGCCGAACGCGCUGACAACAUUAAACGCGAAGAACUGCUCUACGGUAUACUGUUCGACUUGCUGAACGUUUGCCUGAGCCUGGAGGAGCAGAGCCCCGUGGAGUACACGAAUCAGCUGCUCCUUUCGAUGAUCUUUUGGAUGAUGAAGAAGGAACUGCCGGUACGCGACGCCGACACGCAGAUCGCCCUCAUUGUCAAGUGUAUCAGAACGUCGCGCAAUCCCCAGACGCAUCAUCACGCGCUGCUGGUGCUGGUAGAAUUCCUGAGGAACAUGAAUGUGCAACACGCCCUCCUUAAUCUCAUGCCGAUUUUCACGUUCAUGGGCAGCACGAUCGUGCGGCAGGACGACGCUUACUCCAUUCAGAUCAUCUCCAAGACUCUGGAAACGGUGGUGCCGAUCAUAAACGCGGCCGACGAUGCGACGCAUGCCUGCGAAUUGCUGAGGACCUUUAUCAUCUCGUUGCCUCACAUUCCCGAGCACAGGCGGAUGCCGCUCUUCGUCAAACUGCUGCAGCUCCUCGGCAAUCAUCUGCAUUUGUAUUACCUGCUGACUUUCGAGAGCCACGUGAUGAAGAUCGCGAGCCAGAAAACCGAACGUCCCACGCAAUGGCUGGAUUUCGCUUGUCAGGUGUCUCAGGAAUUUCCGCCGCAUCGGUUGCUGCAGAUUUGCACGAAGGUAAUCCAGUUUGUCAAGGUCUUGCCAAUCGAUCUUGAGGAAGAGCAGGGCAGAAGAGAGGCGAUAAAAUUUCAGUACAAAAAUAUUUAUGACGUGACCAAGACCACGCCGAAAAGCCUUCGGCACUACAAGAUCACGGCUGUGCAGUUUCUCAGUAACCUCCUGUCGUCCGAGGACUUUAUCAAUCGUGUGGCUGUGUUGAACGAGGAGGAGGCGAACAACUUGAACGAGUACUGCGAUCAUCUGGCGAUCGAGUUGAUCCUGCUGAUUCAGACCGUCUCAAAGAUCGCUGACCAGCAUCAAAACAAGCCAAGCGCCAAGUACUGGAAGGUGUUACUGCAUCAUUUGUACGACGUGUUGGAUUUAGUGAACAAUCUGCUGCCGAACACCCUGUUCCUUCAGAGUGUCAAGAACCUUCUGAAGCAUGAAUUGCUACCGGUGAAGAAGAAAGCUCUGGAAUUGCUGAACGCAAGAUUGCUUCAGAAGAAAUUUGGUGAGGAGGUUUACGUGGAUCUUCUGAGCUUGAUCGAACCUUUGGCGGACUUCUUCAAUGUUGACGUAAAGGUUGACAAUCAGGAACAAGAGAUCGUACAACAGACAGUGUUAAUAUCUUUGAAGCUGCUGGCGAAGUUGCUGGCCGUUGAUCGGCCUGCCGUUUUUAGACCGAUUUUGGACGUAACAACAGAUUUAUUGCGAUCGAAGAAUGGUCCAGUGUUAGCCAAUGCAGCGUUGUGCGUAGCAGAAUUAUGCAGUUCAAUGCGAACGCACGCCCUGUACUCGCUGAAUAAGUUCGUGCCAGCAAUUUUGCAGUUACUAAAAACCCAUUGUCAUCAGAAUGUGCCGGAUGUAAUAGUCAUCAGUAUUGUGAGUGCUUUGCAGAAGAUAGUGGAGUCUCUGGGAAAUUUCCUGUCGCUCUACUUGGAUCAACUUUUGUCCGAAUUAACGAUAUUGAGCUCUCAGUACAUCAACACAGAUCAUCCUAAGGCCGUUAUCGUUAUUUCACGACUGAAGGCAACAACGCAGAAAUUAUCCAGUUGCAUACCUCUGCGCGUGCUGCUGCCAGCUGUUCACGGAACCUAUCAGAUGCUGUUAGAAAAGAAAACUUAUAGGUGUAUACCGUCAUUGAUGAGCGUGCUAGCCGAGUCCUUUGACAGCGUGCCCCCGGCGGAGCUAAAGGUGGAGGUCGACAAUCUCGCCAAUUUCUUCCUCGAAGUUCUUCAAUUCCGCGAAAAAUUCGAGGAGACGAAUAACGACGCGCAAGUCACAUUAAAAGAUAUUGUCGCGAUCGAAGAAAGCGCCAGCAAGGCGUUGGUAGCAUUGCUCUUGAAGUUGAGCGAGGUAACAUUUAGACCGUUGUACGAUAAACUCUAUGGAUGGGCAGCGAAUAACACACAGCACAAACAGCGAAAUAUAACGUUCUACAGACUAUCGGCAAAUAUAGCAGAAUGCUUGAAGUCUCUAUUCGUUCUGUUCGCUGGACUUUUCUUGAAGCAUGCGGCAUCGUUACUGAGCAGCAACAACAUGUUUAUAACAGACACCCCACAGGAAUUGACGCUUCCUGACGAAUCCAGCAGAAUUGAGCUAGUAGAGGCGAUUCUGCUGACGCUUCACCGGGUGUUCAGUUACGACGUGCAUAACUUCAUCGUUGAGGACCGGUAUGAGAUUCUCAUGCAACCUAUAGUGGAUCAAGUGGAAAACACGAUGGGCACGAGAGAAGAAUACGAGAGUCGAGCCAGCCAGCUCAUCGUACCUUGCAUAGCUUCCUUCGCUAGUGCCAUUUCCGACGAUUCGUUACACAAGCAACUGGUCUAUCAGAUACUGCUGAAAACGAGGCACGCAAAGCCUUACGUCAGGAGCACAGCUUUGAAUGCAUUGGUGGAAAUUGCAAGAAAACUGGGCGAAGAUUUCAUGCCGUUAUUACCGGAAACAGUACCAUUCCUGGCAGAGAUGUUGGAAGACGAAGACGAAGCUACAGAAAAGUGUGCUCAGAAUGCUGUCCGGACUUUAGAAGAAAUUUUAGGAGAGCCUUUGCAGAAAUAUUUUUAAACUUAUCCAAAUGUGAAUUAGCCUAUAAAUAUGUAAAUAUGUAUGCAGUUUUGUCUACAAGUCUACAAAAAAGUCUACAAACAAAUGUGAGUUUAUAUAAAAUAUGUAUUUAUAUAAAAUAUAUUCAUACAUGUUUUAUUUCUCUUGCACAAUUUCUGGCUAUAUUUUUCAUGUUGCUGGCGAAUUUGCUAGCUUUUGACCUCGUCUUACUAUUUUUAAAAUUAGUAUUUUUAAAAUUAGUACAUUUAUCAUUUUAAUAAACUUCAUAAGAAUAUAUAUAUAGUAAAUUUAAGAUUUACGAAGAGCUUCUGAAUUUGAUCAAACCUUUGACUUCUUUGAAAUAAAAGUUGAGAGUCAGCAGUAAAAGAUCACACAUAUCAGAUAGAUAAAAGAUAGUGUUAAUAUUUUUCAUGUUGCUGGCGAAUUUGUUAGCUGUUGACUGUCCUGCUAUUUUUAAAAUCAGUAUGUACAUUCAUUAUUUUAAUAAACUAAGAAUAUGUAUGGACUUCAGAAUCGAA